AUGGCUGCCUCCUGCCAGUCGCGCACUGACCGCUCGUUUUUCUCCAAGUCGAAGAACGCGAAAUUUGACGCGUCAACCACAACCACAACCACAACCACAACCACAGUUACCAGGCGCGUCACCGUCGUCGCCCAAGCAGCCCCCGAUCUGCGAAUACGCGCAUUAAAAUCUACUGUUCACCCUCCAGCUCCUCAGCCUACCCCAGAGCCAUCUGAGACAACUGAAAGUAAGAAGCGGAAGACCGCUGAACCACCGUCGCAGGUGACGAAGAAAGCACGGAAAUCUUCACCUCCGGAGUCAUCGGUAACAGACCCCCUCCUCGUCCUCCUCCAGCCGACGUUCAAGCCGUCAUGGCUCCGCGGCGCGCUCCCACACACCAUUACGCCCGGCGCGUGA